AUUUCUCGUCAACAACAAUAAGUUAACAAAAUGCCUGGCCUAACCAUCGGAGACUCCCUCCCCAACCUCCAAGUUGACACCACUCAUGGCAAGAUCAAUCUGCAUGACUAUGUUGGCGACUCAUUCACCAUCAUCUUCUCUCACCCUGGUGACUUCACGCCUGUUUGCACGACCGAGCUGGGGGCGAUGGCGGCAUACGCUGACAAGUUUGCCCAGAGGGGUGUGAAGCUGUUGGGGUUAUCCUGUGAUGAUGUCCAGUCUCACAAGGAGUGGAUCAAAGAUAUUGAAGCCUAUAACGGAAAGAAGGUGACGUACCCGAUCGCUGCUGAUCCCAACCGGGAGAUCAUCAAGCAGCUCAACAUGGUGGAUCCUGAUGAGAAAGAUGCUUCUGGACAGAACCUCCCCUCUCGUGCUCUGCACAUUGUUGGCCCCGACAAAAAGAUAAAGUUGAGCUUCCUGUAUCCUGCGAGCACGGGAAGGAACAUGGACGAGGUGGUGAGGGCGCUGGACUCCUUGAUCAAGGCUUCCCAGCACAAAAUAGCCACUCCGGUCAACUGGAAGGAGGGUGAACCAGUUGUCAUCGCUCCCAGCGUCUCCAACGAUGAGGCCAGGAAAAUGUUUCCCAAGGGCUUUCAGACAGUUGAUCUCCCAUCCAACAAGGACUAUCUUCGUUUUACUAGUGUUUAGACCUAGCUACCUUCAAUAUAAUAAUAAUAAUAUGAAUAACAAACUUUCUAUGCAUGCAUACGUUUGACUUUAUUACUUAUAUCAACUAAAGUUAUGUCUAAUGGAAAUAUUGCCUCAUAUCUGCUCA